GUGCGGAGAUGUUCGCACAUUCUUACGGAGACGUUCGCACAUUCUUACUGCAAGAUUAAGCACCAGAGCUCCCUCAAUUGUUUCUGUCUCAACCCGAAAAUAGGAGGGCAAGCAGGCCACUUGUGUUCUUCUCUUUGCUGUCUUUGACUUGGUAUUCCGGAGAUUCAAAAUAUGGACGAUGUCAAAGUAGUGCACUGGUUUUGUUUGAUGCGGAAUGCGGACUGGCCGGCCUGGUUCGCUUGGAGGCUCGAGACCGAGUGGAGAUGCAGACGAGGGACGAUGGCUGGGACGGCUGGAACCGUCUCGCCGUUUGAAGGCAGAAAGAGGCACUGGUUCGAGGAGAUUGAUCGGUCUAAUGGGGAUAGCAGGUCGGAACAGGAAAGGGUUGAGCCCAAGAUCUUGACUGUUUGUCCGGGUAAUUAGCUCACGAAUAUGAUUGCCACGACGCUCAGAAUGGGACGAUUAGUGGGGCUGGCAUCUGACGCUGGGCGUCAAUUGCAUUGUUGUUGCAACCUUAGGUACCUUGGCAUAUUGUCAUUACCUUGGGUGCACAUGUCGCGCUUAGGAUCAUUUUCUGGAGGCUAAAUACUCGAAAAAUUGAUCCAUGCGGACCUGCGAGUUGCCAAAGUUUGAGACUCGGUCGGUUACUUGAUUGGGUUGAUAUGCAAAUCUUCAGAUAUCG